CCGACAAAUCGAUUGCAAAUGGAGAAUAAUGAAGUUGUUUCUAGUAUCUGUAAAGAAGUUUUUGGUGUUCGAAAUAGAAUUUACCCGGCGUCGCGCCAAGAAUCCACUUCAUUUGCGUUGAUAUCGGGUGCUAAAGUUGGCUACUGGCAAACCAGAUUUUGAUCUCGUGAACUCUGCAACAUGGAUGAAGAAUGGGAUAAUGAAGAUUUCCAGCCGAAGGAGAUAAAUAUUCCAGAAGCUGUUCUUGCCAAUAAAUGGGAGGGUGAGGAUGAAGACGAUCAAGUUAAAGAUAAUUGGGAAGAUGAAGAGGAGGAGGAGGAAGAGGAGAAGAAAGACGUAGAGAAGCAGGAGGCUCAGCAAACACAGCCAUCAAAGAAGGGCAAGAAAGCAUUAUUGGAGAAGAUUGAAGAAAAAGAACUGCGUAAGCGGGAGGAGGCGCAGAAGAAGCAAGCUGUGAUGGAGACUCAGAAAGAGCUGACGCCCGAGGAAAUCGCUGCUGAGAAACUGCGUCAGCAGAAACUUCAAGAAGAGUCUGACCUUCUGAUAGCAAAGGAAACUUUCGGUGUCACAAUUGACCCCAAUGCAACUGGCAUUGAUGCAAUGAACCCCAUCACCAAGGAGGAGUUUGAUGAAUUCCAGGAUGCAUUGUCGAAAAAAUUUUGGUUGUACACAAAAUCCCCACAUUUCCCUGGUUUUGCAGAAGAAUUUAUUAGAAAUAUAUGUGUAAAUUUAUCUUCCUAUGACCUUAAGAAAUUAAAAAUGACAAUAGAAAAUAUGUUUUUGGAGAAAACAAAAGUAGAGAAAGGAGAUAAAGCAAAGAAGAAAGGCAAAACAAAAGCAAAGCUCAAAGUAGAAGGAGAAAAUGCCCUAGUGAACGAGUACUCGGCAUACGACAUGGAUGACUAUGACGACUUCAUGUAGUUACUGCGCACUAGCAAGCAUUACAGUGCCAUCUCUUGACUGUCUUCACUCUCGGCUGCACUGGGUGUCGGUCGGCUAUCUUAACUGUGUUAUUGCUGGUUUUAUUUGUUACAACUAUGUAUGAUACACGGGCUUUUAAAAAAAAUCUUCCAUGCCUAACAUGUACAUUGUUUUGUCCUUGGAUGUCCCGAGGAUUGAAAUUGUAUAGUAAAUAUUUAUGAAUGAUUGGGUGUCAGUGUAUAACUGUGUUCUGAUUUAUGAAUGUAACUUUCUAAUCUUAACAUUUACAUUCUCCCUCCACCUCAACUCUGUGUACUGUAUUUAUUCAAUCAUUGUAUGUCCAGGGCUUCCCGAAUUUGUUUGUAAUCAUGUACAUAAAAAUAUAUUAACCUUUUUUAUAGUUGAAUUUUGAUCAUUUUCAGUUACAUGCCUGUUAGAAGUUAAAUCACGUUAUAUUUAUUAUUGUUAAAUUAAAGAACUGUUCUGUUCAACAACCACAAAUUAAAGUUGAAUUAAAACUAUGUAAUGCUGUUACAUUUCUGUUUUAAAAAAAUGGUUCUCGAAAUACAAAAUAUACACAUUUUA